CCUUCAUAUCUUUUCUUGUAUUCCUAUAGUUGGUUUUUUUACCCUUUUCGUUUCAAUAGUUCCCCCCACCAAUUCAACCAUGGCAAGGAUUUCUCUGUUGUUCUCUCUAACCUUCGCCCUUGCCGUGGCCUCCGCCUUCGCCCACGAGAAGCCCGUCAAGGCCAAGUACUCUCCUCCCUGCACCGUGGAACAGCUCAAGACCGUCCCCUUCUUCGAGAUUUCGAAGAUGAUAGAGUUCAAGGCGAGUUCCGCGAUGAAGUUCCCCGAGCUGGGGUCGAUAUUCUCCGUCUGCAAGGGCUACAACUCCUUCCUCUCCAGCUUCUCCAAGCGCGGGGACUUUGCUUUCGCCCUGAGCGGGCCGGCCUCUCUCAUAUGGAAGGCUAAGUUUGCCGCCAUGAGCCACGCCCUUAUGGCCAUCCAGAUGGGAUUCGGUGCGCAAGGCAAGGCAUCUAUCAGCCUGAGGAAGAACUACGACGGCAUGAUCCACGGAUUCCACGUCAUCCCCUCUAAGAUCAUCGAGAUCUCUGCCAGGCAUCAGUUCAAGGCCGGAGCCAAGCUCUCUGUCCGAGAGCAGAAGGAGUUCACCGCUGUCUUGGGAUCUUUCAAGAAGUGCUUCAACGGUUACAUCGACUCCGCUGUCGAGAUUGCCGCCAAGAAGCACGUCGCCGUCGGAGGCCAUUUCGGAUUCGGAGGCCAGUUGGGAGGCUUGAUUCCCGGGUUCGGAGGCUUGAUUCCGGGGUUCGGGGCGGGAGGUAAAGCUGAAUUCUCGGCCUCAGCCUCGGCCUCGGGGAAGGUGGACGUGCACGGGAAGAAGAAGAAGAAGGCUCAUCACCAGAGGAGGUCAGUGUUGGCCAGCGAAGAUGGAUUCAGGUCACUGAACCGUCCGUACUUGAAGCAUUUGGUUGGGUUGAAGGCUUAAACUCUCAAACAACAGACGAAUGAGCCAUGAGUUAAUCUAUUAUUUUUUUUAUUUAUUUUUUUUUCUCUAAUAAGGAAGGGAAAUGCCGAGCGAUUAUUUAACAUUAAAUAUGUAACCUUUUCGAUGCAAUAUUCCUAUUACCCUAAUGAAUAAUAUAUUGCAUUAUCGCAUA